UUUGUUUGUUUGUUUGUUUGUUUGUUUGUGUACCUUUGUGCGCGCUUGAAUGCAUGUUAUGUGUGUGCAUGUGUGUGUCAGAGUGUCAGUGUUCUGAGGUAAACAGGUGUCACUGUCUCAGUGGUGUGUGUUUCAGGUUGGGGGCAAAGCGGAUGGCGGUUGCUAGGUAACCAGGUAGAAUAGGGCUUGAAUUACACCUGUGUCUCUCCCUGUCCCAAAUGCAGGCACCUCUUUUCUCCGACCUCAUCCGCUCUUUCCUAAAGCUAGACACCCAUCUCUUAUUUUUUUGGUGUGGUUUGAGGCCUCUGCGAGGAGAAGCAAUAUACAACCAACUGAAAAGUACUACAUCUUACAUUUGGAACCUUUUGGAACUCUCUAGAACCUUCCAGAACCUUGAAGAACGUUAGAAUUUUCUGAUCCCUGUUGACGUCUACUAGGAGCCACCUGAGGAACUGAAGCAACUUUUUUUCUCUUUUCUCUGACUAGUCUGUUGUCUCUACUGGUCUGUACUGGUCUGAACUGGUCUGUUGUCUCUACUGGUCUGUACUGGUCUGAACUGGUUGUUGUGGUUUGUACUGGUCUGAACUGGUCUGUAGUGGUCAAGAUGCGACGGUUAGAGCUAAAGGCCCUCUGUGUAGCAUUGCUGGUCUUUGCAGUGGUGAGCGCCACUUCCUGUCAGUCGGACUCUUCAGACUGCGCCCAGGCUGAGUCAUGUGACCUGUGCGUUGGAGACUCCACCCUCAACCUGACUGGCUGUGUCUGGAGGGUCUGCGUGAAUGGCAAUGAUACUGGGUGUGUGUCCGAUCAGGAUGAUUAUCAGAACUGUAAUGUGACAAGUGACCCAGACAUGUGUACAGUCAUAGAGAUCGAGGCAGAAGGUAAAGGGGACUCAGAUGGGUCUCCUGCAGAGCCGUCAGAGUUCUCUCAGGCCAGCUUUGACCUGUCCAGUUUCAUUGGAGGCAUCAUCCUGGUGUUGUGUGUCCAGGCCGGGGGCUUCUUCACCAUGCGCUUCCUCAAGAAAGAUGCCACCUACGACCCUAUAGAGCAGCCAGCCUAGAGGAGAGAGAGAAGAGGAGGACAGUGAAGGAUGAAAGAUCGAGGGUGCUGUGACUCACCAUGCUGUCACGAUGCUUUGUAUGACGUCAUGUACCAUACUCCAGUGUGUGUGCUUGUGUUGUACUUGUGUGUGUGUCCCAGAUGUGUACAUUGUUUUGUUUGACGGAUUGUUCAUUAUGUUGUGUCACUCCUGUUUCUCUGUGUGUGUGUGUGUGUGUGUGUGUGUGUGUGUGUGUGUGUGUGUGUGUGUGUGUGUGUGUGUGUGUGUGUGUGUGUGUGUGUGUGUGUGUGUGUGUGUGUGUGUGU